AAUGUUGUUGUUGUUGAAAUGACUCCGGAACUAAGGAAUUUAAUCAUUGUAUCGCGGGAGCUUUGGCUUGCUUGUCCUACACGAAGUGACCUCAACGACUGCAAUGGAAGUGGGAGCUCCAAUAGUGUCGUUUAAGGAAGACAACCGGGUUGAACACAAUCUAAAUCUAGGCCAUAAAUGAGAAUCAUCGUAUCUGAAAAGAGGUAGUGAAACCACUACACCAAUGCUAUUAGCAAAUAUAAAAAUAGGCCAUUACACAGAUCAAGAUAAUCGCUUCAAUUCGCGUAAUAACGCCAAUGCGCCAAUUAACAUCAAAGUAACAAGACCUUCUGUCGGAUACUCUUUGUCCAGUGGCGUCGGUAUAGCGGAGCGUGAAGCAGCCAGUUCGAGGCAGGCGGCCGCGCGAACAGCACGCCGGCGCCAUGGCCUCCUAGCUAGCACUAGUGACGUAGUGGGUGUUAGUGCAUCUGCACUUACGACAUAAACAUUUAACAAUGUGAUUUAUAACUCCAUGAAGUGCCAGAAAACGCUGCUCAUCACCACAAUGAUUUUCGCCUUUUUCGCUUUGUCUUUACUCGGGAUUUUUAUUACUAAACCUGCGCCUUGCCUGGCCGACGCCGAGUGCCAGGACGGCCACCUGUGCCCGGCGCACUGGAUGUGCUGUGAGCGGGGCUGCUGCGACGUGGGUGUGAGCGUGGGCGUGGGCACGGCGCCGCCACACCGCGUGGCCGAGACGCCGCCACCGCCCCCGCAGCCGCCCCCGCACCGGGACGCCGACGAGCCGCCGCUCAAGGAACACAACUAUGGUUAUCCAUGGUAUGCGCAGUGGUCCGUCCUCUUCCUCCUGGGAACUCUCGGCGGUAUUAUGAUUUGCUGCGUGUGGUGCCUGUUCUUCAAGCGCCCCCCGGGGCACGGCGUGUACAUGUGCUCGUUCGCGUGCUGCGUGCGGCGGCCCACCUCCGAGCACGACUCAGCGGGCUCCGUGUACCCGCCGCCGCGCUACAGCCGCUGCGGCUCCUUCCAUCAGGCACCACCACCCUAUUCUGAAGUUGCUUCGAAGCCUGAUCUCUAUCCACUAGUCAUAACGUGCGGGGAGGGAGACGGGAAAGCUGGCAACUAUCUCAUGGUGCACUACUUUAGAAACUAUGUGAUUCGAGCACCAGGCUCUCUAUCAGCGACGAGUACUGCAGAAUCUCUCAACUCCAGUUUCAUAUGCAACGCAGCAAAUGAGGCAAAUACAAUCGUUCCGCCGCCGUACUCGUGCGCGAGUAACUACGAGGAGUGCGGCGUGGGCUGCGGGCCGCUGCUACGCUCGCUGUCAUCACUGACGGAGCCGCGCGCCGCCGCCGCCCCCACACGCCCCGAGCCUCCGCCCCCGCGCGCCCGUGAGCCUCCCGCCGCCUUCAGGGACAACCUUAUUACUUCGCCAGUCCAACCCCUGGUGGGUAGCAUGGUCAAUAUGUCCUCGGAUAUUCUCUUUAACUUCAAAUUUAAAUUCUUCAACAAAAAAAAUUAUGCUUACACACCAGAUUUCAAAGAACCUAUCUACCUUCUUUUUCAGGACCCUAACUUUGAUCUUGAAUUGGAGCUUAUAGACUGUGAGAUGUACUGCGAUGGAGGAUGCAAGCCACGUCUCGGAUCAUCCCCCCCAGUCAACAGGUCGCUUGAUGAAGUAGAUGAUUCAAUGUAUAUGCACGAAGCCUACGGCAGUCUGCGGCAGUACUUCACGGGGAUGCCUGACCCACCGGAGUCGCCGCCGCAGCCCACCAGCCCCACGCAGACUUCUAGGGACUCAACAUUACGGAGACCAAGUGAUGAAAGGCGUCAAAGAAGGUUAGAAAGUGUUAAGAAAACACCAAGACAAAGGAAAACGAGCUUAUAUAUGCCGCUGUCGGUAGCUUACCCCGUUAGAACCUCAAGAAUUUCUCCCGGAACGCGGGCGUCGUCGCGAUCUGCCCCAGCCACCCCCUGCAGUUCACUCGUCCCAAAUCUCCUCGCAUUCUCGCAGCGAGUAUCAGCAUCAAGAAACGGCUCUAGAUCUUCGAAGUUUGAGGAAGAAAGUGACCCACUACUCGCAGAAUUAGAACAUACGCGCACUGACCACAAGUUUUAAAUGUCACACGAGGCUACGUACUGAUUGCUUUUAUUUUUUAAUGUUCACCGACCUGACCCCAACGACAACCAAAGGCAAUCGAUGUUAAUAGAUGCAUGAACAUAAUAGAGUAAGAUUUUAAUAUUGGUAUAUAUUUUGCAAACGGCCUAAACAGUGAGCUCCCGACAGUAGCCGACGUGUGACAACACGUUAUUCUAAUUCUCAAUGUUGUGACUGUUUAAACUGUGCUCAUUAUAUCGUAGAGCCUACGCAAUUAUGUAGUUAGUUUAAUGUUGAUAUUCAAUUAUAAUAUCGCAAUUAAGAAAAGAGCUUGUUGGACCAUUGUUCACUUGCCUUCUGAUAAGAAGUAAUAAAAUUAUUAAAAUAAUAAAAUUGGUUUUAUUUUAUGAAUCUAUCACUGUCAACAGUUUCUAUCCAGGACCGAUUUUGGAAAUCCCUUUACCAAUAUGAAGCUGUCUACUCAA